GUAGAUUCAGACAUUCGACCUCGGAAAGACGCCAACAAAAUUGCUAUAAUAAUUAACCUAGUUUUACAGUUGUAUAAUUUUUUUGUUAGAACUAAACAUUUAACCAUAAAUCAUUCACAAAUAUUUUUCUAAAAAUGUCAAGUGAAGACGAUAAAGAUGGCAUAAAAAAUCUGAACGGUAUUCUCAAGUCUGUUAUAGGUGUAUCACAAAUAACUAACACGAAAAUAACCAGAUUAACGGCUCCAGGAGAGAAUUAUGGAAGUCUUAUGUUAAAACUUGACGUAACUUUAAAAUCUGAUGAAAAUUCGGAAACUGAUCUUCAUUUGGUAGCUAAGAAAAUUCCAACCAGUGAGUUAUUCAGAGAGAACUUUAAUAUACAGGUAACAUUCAAAAAUGAGGUGGCAAUGUACCAGACAGUGGUUCCAAUUUUGCAAAGUUUUCAAAAAGAAUCCGGUGUGAAAAACGUGUUCAAUUGUGUUCCAAGAUUUUAUGGUGCCAGGAUUAAUUUAGACGGUGGUCAGAAAGUCGACGCUGAUGCUGUGCUUAUUUUGGAAAAUCUGUUCGCUAACGGAUAUACUAAUGUAAACAGAUUACAAGGUUUUAACCUAGAAUCUAUCAAACUCAUUUUAAAAGACUUGGCUGAGUUUCAUGCAGUACCUUUAGCUCUAAAACUUAAGCGACCCGAAGUAUUUGAACGAGAUAUCAAAAAAUAUUGUAACGAUUUUGUGUUCAACUCGCAGUUUCACAGUUUAUUCUGGAAUCCAACGAAAAGCCUUAUUUUGGAAAAUACGAAGUUGGCACCAAUAGUUGAGAAAAUCAAAUUUAUAGGACAAGUUGAAAGGCCUGCUGUACGGGAGCCUUUUGCGACAUUGGUACACGCGGAUUUAUGGUGCAAUAACUCCAUGCAAAAAUUCGGACCAGGUGGAACAGCAAUAGAAAAUAAAUUCCUUGACUUUCAAUUCCUAUCUUAUGGUUCUCCAGCGUCAGACUUUCUAUUUCUUGUAUUAACCAGUACUGAAACAAAUAUUUUAGUUAACCAUUUCGAUGAACUAAUUCAGUUUUAUUAUACACAUUUUGUUCAAACUUUGGAAGAAUUACAGUGUGAUAGUACACCAUUUAGUUUAUCAAAUUUUAUAGAAGAGAUCAAAAACGAGUGUGUCUUUGAAAUAGGGCAUGCCAUACAGUUUAUUUUGUUUGUCGUAACCGCCAAAAAAAGAGAUGAAGAAUUAAAACUGCCAGAGGAAAGCGAUAAGCUAGGUGAUACCGUUACACAACAAGGCAAGGAUAAGGUGUGGUUUAUACUGGAAGAUUUUGAAAAACGAGGCUGGUUAUGAUUGAUAUUUGACAUAAAUUAUUUGAUAUAUUUGUGACAAUAAAUUUAUUCUUAAUAUAUUUAACAUUUAUAGUUUAAAUUAAUUAAAGCUUUCAUUAUAAGUUUUUAAUAAUUGAAAAAUUAUAUCUUAUAUGAUUAUAAAUAAAACUAUUGUUUGAA